AUUUGAAAUUCGUAGCAGUUUCACAAUAUUUGUGUUCGAUUCUUCAAAACGCAUUUUAUUAAAUUUUAAUAAGUAACUAGUAAAGAAAGUAAUGCACACACACACAAUGACCAAACAGCUUUGGAAUCAUAACACUGAACGGCUGUUGAAAUCGGCCAUUGAUGCGUAUUUCAGGAAUUGGCAGGCUCACAUGGCUUCCAAAGCCUCUAAGGUGGCCAUGUCGAAAUUUGAGAAGAGCAGUUACUUGCCCUACAGCCUGCUGAACGAGAAGUUGGACUGUGUGCGCAAGCGGCUCAAUCAGCCGCUGACACUGGCGGAGAAGGUGCUCUACUCCCAUCUGGAUGAUCCGUCGAAUCAGAAGAUUGAGCGCGGCACUUCCUAUUUGCUGCUGCGUCCCGAUCGCGUGGCCAUGCAGGAUGCCACAGCGCAGAUGGCGCUGCUGCAGUUUAUUUCAUCGGGACUCAAGAAGGUAGCGGUGCCGUCAACAGUGCACUGCGAUCAUUUGAUUGAGGCACAAAUAUCUGGCGACAAGGAUCUGGCACGUGCGAAGGAUCAGAAUAAAGAGGUUUACGAUUUCUUGGCUUCGACCUGCGCCAAGUAUGGCUUGGGCUUCUGGAAGCCUGGCAGUGGCAUUAUACAUCAGAUUAUCUUGGAGAAUUACGCGUUUCCGGGGCUGCUGAUGAUUGGCACAGACUCGCAUACGCCCAAUGGCGGUGGCUUGGGUGGUCUAUGCAUUGGUGUGGGCGGUGCGGAUGCUGUUGAUGUCAUGGCCAACAUGCCCUGGGAGCUCAAGUGUCCCAAGGUCAUUGGCGUUAAUCUCACAGGCAAAAUAAGCGGCUGGACCUCACCCAAGGAUGUUAUACUCAAAGUAGCUGAGAUACUCACAGUCAAGGGCGGCACUGGCGCCAUAAUUGAGUAUCACGGUCCAGGCGUUGACUCCAUCUCCUGCACAGGCAUGGCCACCAUUUGCAAUAUGGGCGCGGAGAUUGGCGCCACCACUUCUGUCUUUCCAUACAACAAGCGCAUGAUCGAUUAUCUAUGCGCCACCGAUCGUGGCGGCAUUGCAGCUGAGGCGCAAAAGUUUCAGAAGUCGCUGCUGUCGCCGGACAAGGGCUGCAAGUAUGAUCAGGUAAUCAACAUAGAUCUGGACAAGCUGGAGCCGCUGGUCAAUGGUCCCUACACACCUGAUCUGGCGCAUCCCAUUAGCAAGCUGGGCGCCAAUGCCAAGGAGAAAGGCUAUCCCAUGGACAUCAAGGUGGGCCUCAUUGGCUCCUGCACCAACUCGUCGUAUGAGGAUAUGGGCCGUUGCGUCACCAUAGCCAAGGACGCCAUUGAGCAUGGACUCAAAGCCAAAAUACCCUUCAAUGUCACUCCCGGCUCGGAGCAAGUGCGCGCCACCAUUGAACGCGACGGCAUGAUCAAGACAUUCAACGAGUUUGGCGGCACUGUGCUGGCCAACGCUUGUGGCCCCUGCAUUGGCCAGUGGGACCGCAAGGAUGUAAAGAAGGGUGAGAAGAACACCAUUGUCACCUCCUAUAAUCGCAACUUUACUGGACGCAAUGAUGCCAAUCCGGCUACACAUUGUUUUGUCACCAGUCCCGAAAUGGUCACAGCUUUGUCUAUUGUUGGCCGCUUGGACUUUAAUCCCUUGAAGGACGAGCUAACUGACUGCAAUGGCAAAAAGUUUAAGCUCAAGCCGCCUACAGGCGAUGAGCUGCCUGCGCAGGGCUUUGAUCCUGGCCAGGACACAUACACGGCGCCGCCUGCGAAUGGUGAAAGCGUCAAAGUUGCCGUUGAUCCCAAGUCGGAGCGUUUGCAAAUCUUGGAGCCAUUUAACAAAUGGGAUGGCAAGGACUACAUCGACUUGACGGUGCUUAUCAAAAUCAAGGGCAAGUGCACCACCGAUCACAUCUCAGCCGCUGGUCCCUGGCUAAAGUAUCGCGGCCAUUUGGAUAACAUAUCCAACAAUAUGUUCAUUGGUGCCGUCAAUGCGGAGAACAACGAGAUGAACAAGAUCGAGAAUCAGAAAUCCAAAUCCUUUGACACUGUGCCCAAGGUGGCGCGCGAUUACAAAGCCGCCAACAUUAAGUGGGUGGCUGUGGGUGAAGACAACUAUGGCGAGGGCUCCUCACGCGAGCACGCUGCCCUGGAGCCGCGUCAUCUCGGUGGCGUCGCCAUCAUUGUCAAGUCCUUUGCGCGCAUUCACGAAACCAAUCUGAAGAAGCAGGGACUGCUCGCUUUAACUUUUGCCAAUCCCGGCGACUUUGACAAGAUCAAGGCAAGCAGCAAACUGUCCCUGCUCAAUCUGGCGCAGAUGGCGCCCGGCAAGCCCAUCGACUGCGAGAUCAAGAACAAUGGCAGCUCGGACAAAAUUCAGCUGAAUCACUCGUUCAAUGUGGAGCAAAUCGAAUGGUUCAAGGCUGGCAGCGCUCUAAAUCGCAUGAAGGAGGUGCUGGCCAAGGGCAAAUAGACUGACUCACAUUAAUCUGUUUAUUAUAUUGUUAACUGACAGUGCUUCAUAAGCUAAUAAAUAAAUAAUUUAAUGC